CCAUCCAACACUGGAAUAAAAUAAUGAUAUGGAUGUACAUUAUUGUGUUGUGUGUGACCAGCCCCCACCAGGAGAUCGAGAUGGAAAGACCCAUCCAGGCUUUGAGUCCACUCAGUGCACGUCCUGCCGCCUAUAAAAGGGAAGAUGGCGAGGUCGUCGAUCGAGCAAGCAAGGGCCAGCAAUCUCCUUCUUCUCCUAGCAUUAUAUUCUUCUUCUCCAAGAGGAUCGAUCCACCAACAUCUUUCUUUACUUGGCUCGACCACAAGCUAUAGCAUAAAUAUGGAAGAGAAAAUGGAGACUGGGGCUAGGCCGUCGUGGAUCGGGGCCGGCAACGGCAACCUGGUGCACGACGCGGUGGACUACCAUGGUUGCCCGGCCGACCGUUCUCGCACGGGCAGCUGGGUGGCGGCGGCGCUGGUGCUCGGGAUCGAGCUGUGCGAGCGCCUGGCGACGAUGGGCAUCGCCGUGAACCUGGUGACUUACCUGACGGACACGAUGCACCUUCCCAGCGCCGAGUCCGCCAACGUAGUCACCGACUUCAUGGGCACCUCCUUCCUCCUCUGCCUCCUCGGCGGCUUCCUCGCCGACUCCUUCCUCGGCCGCUUCCUCACCAUCGCCAUCUUCGCCCUCCUCCAAGCACUCGGCACGGGGCUCCUGGCGGUUUCGACGACGGUGCGGCAGCUGCGGCCGGGGCCGGGGGAGGCGGCGACGGGGCUGCAGAUGGGCGUCCUCUACGCGUGCCUGUACCUCAUCGCGCUGGGCACCGGCGGGCUCAAGUCGAGCGUGUCCGGGUUCGGCACGGACCAGUUCGACGAGCGGGACGACCAGGAGCGCGCCGCCAUGGGGCACUUCUUCAACCGCUUCUUCUUCUUCAUCAGCCUGGGCACGCUCAUGGCCGUCACGGUCCUCGUCUACGUCCAGGACCACGUGGGCCGGAGCUGGGCCUACGGCAUCUGCUCGGCCUGCAUGCUCCUGGCCGUCGCCGUCUUCCUCUCCGGCACCAGGAGGUAUCGCUACAAGCGGAGCGCCGGGAGCCCCAUCGUGCACAUCCUCCAGGUGCUCGUCGCUGCGGCCCGGAAGCGCGGGCCGAUCAAGCGGGGGCCUCUCGCUGCCGCCGCGCUCUACGAGGACCGGCAAGAAGAUGAGAGGAUCCCACACACGGCCCAGUUCCUGUGCCUGGACGCGGCGGCCGUGAUGGCCGGCGAGGAGGACAACGAGAUCGGCACGGUCGGGCGGCAGGCGCCGAACCCGUGGAAGCUGUGCUCGGUGUCACGCGUGGAGGAGGUGAAGAUGGUGGCGAGGCUGAUGCCCGUGUGGGCGACCACCAUCCUCUUCUGGACCAUCUACGCGCAGAUGAUCACCUUCUCCGUGGAACAGGCCACCACCAUGGACCGCCGCAUGGUGGGCAGCUUCGAGAUCCCAGCUGCUUCGCUCACCGUCUUCUUCGUCGGCGCCAUCAUGCUCACCCUCGCCCUCUACGACCGCAUCUUCAUCCCGCUCUGCCGGAUCCUCACCGGACGCCAGGGGUUCACCAGCCUCGAGAAGAUCGGCAUCGGCCUCGCCCUCUCCAUCGCCGGCAUGGCCGCCGCCGCCGUCUGCGAGAAGAAGCGCCUCGCCGUCGCCGCAGCCGCGUCCACCGACACGGCAGUGCUACCGAUCAGCGUGUUCAUGCUGAUCCCGCAGUUCCUGCUGGUGGGCGCGGGCGAGGCCUUCAUCUACACGGGGCAGCUCGACUUCUUCAUCACGCGGUCGCCCAAGGGCAUGAAGACCAUGAGCACAGGCCUCUUCCUCGCCACGCUCUCCCUCGGCUUCUUCCUCAGCAGCGCGCUCGUCUCGCUCGUCAAGGGCGCCACCACGUGGCUCGGUGACACCAUCAACCACAGCCGCCUAGACUACUUCUACUGGCUCCUCGCCGUGCUCGGCGCAGUCAACCUCGCAGCCUACCUCCUGUGCGCCAUGUGGGCCACGCCGGCCGCCGGCAGCAGCAAGGCGGACCCUGCUGCUACGGCCGCCGACGAGAAAUGCUAGCUAGCUAGUUGCUGCAGUUACUUUCAGUCAUACUCCUAGCUUGGCGUGCGUAUGGAUCUCGGGUGUACGUACGGCGUGCAGCUUCCAUGUAAUUUGAUAAUGUUAAACUUGUUUCCCCUCCAGUUCAUUGGAAAUAAGAAGGAAAUCAGUAUAACAACAUUCUC